GAAUUCUAUAAAAUGUUGGUUGUUCUUGCAGGAGCACAGCAGCACCUUCUGUUGGCUACUAUAUUUGCUUUAAACGUCCGGUACCAGCCUGCAGACUUAUCUGUGGUUAUUAACAGUGGUCUUCUAGAAGCUCUUUCAAAGCUGACAAAUUCCUGCCUCCUGUUAAACCAGCGUUGGCUGAUGGCUUCAGUGUCUGGCCAUCCCCAUUUAAAUGUUGCACUAAAACUGGCUGGUGCUCGACUUCUACAGAUUUUAGCUAUCACUGCUAGUUCCUAUGCAGAAACCUUGUGCCCUGAAGUAGUUCAAGCCCCAAUGGAUGUAUUAUGUUGCCAGUUGCAAGGUUUUUUGCAUGCGAUGUGUGGAAAUUCAGAAUGUGAAUUAGCUGAAGAGGAAUGUACAGAACAACGUAGUUGUGGAUCCAGCAUCAGAUCCAGAAGUAAAGAUCAUGGCAAAAGCAGACGAAUUAUAGAAACCCAAUUGGGAGACUUUCUUGUUUUUUUGCGACGUGUUAUCUCCUUCAAAAAUGUACAGAGCAAUAUUGUUUCUGUGAAAUGGAUUGAUCCACUUUUAUUGAUAGCUACACAGAUGCAUGAAACAG